AUGACUGAAACUACUGUUUUAUCACCAGAUGAAUUAGUACAAAAAGUGAUUGAUGAAAUAUCAUUUAGGAAAGGACGGAUUUCUCUGAAUGAGCUCUGGGAUUAUGCUUCAGAAUACGUUGAUUUGAAUGAUGACAAUAUGAAAGGCUAUACACUAAGCAAUGUUUUAGCGCAUCCUGAUACGAUCUUGUUAUUAUCAGGAAAGAUCGUCAACAAAAGUUCGAUGCAGUACGAAGAUGUAGUAAAGAAUGCAGAUUCUGUGCAAAUUGGAAUUACAGAUGAUAGGUUAUGGUUGACCUUAACUGGUCAUACGAAGAAAGAGGCCUCCGUUGUUGGUCUCGCAUUUGAUUUGUUACUUGAAGUUGCAGCAUCUAAGGAUAAAGGUAUCAAUACUAUGGAGCUAGCCAAGAACACAGGGCAAGAUCCCAGAAGUGUAACGGGCAGGAUCAAAAAGUUUUCGCAUUUAGUAACAAUGAACCAGCUGGUGUAUAAGGGUCAUUUAGUAAAAUCGUUAACGUUAAACCGCUUCGUUACUGAAAAACAGAAGAAACCAUACGUCAACAUCAAACAACAUUUGUCUGAGAUCGUACAGGUUGUAAAGAACUCCAAAAAUGGCGUCCGCCAAGUGAUCGAUUUGAAAAGAGAAAUGGGGUUCGAUAAAGAGAAAAGAUUGUCCAAAGCUUUCACAUCUGCUAUUUCUUGGUUAGAUCAACAAGGUUACUUGAAGAAAGUUAUCGUUAUAUCGCCUGCAAACCCCUCAAUAAAGAUACGAUGCGUCCAGUUCGUAAAAUCCUAUUUUCCAGAAGAAGUUACUGGAAACAAUGAGUUCGAAGAUGAAAGCGCUGAUGAAGACGAGAACGAAGGUGAUGGAGAUGAAGGUGGUACGGGUAACGAUGAUGUUGAAAAGACGUCGUUGGAUGAAGAGGAGUUAAUGGAAGGCUUUGACAAAGUCAAUGCCACGAAUAUACUACAAGAUUCAAAUUUGGUAAUACAAGAAGCUCCAUCUGAGAAAAAAGAAGUUACCAUCAAUAGAUUCUACCCGCUACAAACACAAAUAUAUUCCAUGGCUGAUAAAGCUGGGUUGACGGGUAUUUCUACCUUGGACCUAAUAUCUAAAUUUGUGGGACCAGAUUAUAAAAGAUGUUUUUCUAAGAACACUGAGUAUUUCAUUGAGGGGACAAGCCAGAAAUCAUCCAAGUCCUUUUCAGAUAAUGAUAUCGGAUUGGUUAAAAUAUAUGAUUUUGAAGGAAAGAAGAAAUUCCAUCGGAUAUUCACUAAGAAGAACUUCGCCAGAUUGACUGAUCAAGAGGCUGGAAGCAGACAUAAGAGUUUGCCCGAAAUCGAAGAACAACCUCACACGUUAGAAGAGUUAAGUAAAAUGAAUUUUGUACCACUCAAUGCUUCGUUGAGGUACAUGAAUGACGGAGAUAAGGACGUUUUCUUUUGGCACGGUGAAUUGGAUAUUCCUGCGAGCACCAAAACGUCAGUACGAGGAAGAAAGAGAAUAACGUUACCAGAUGCCGCUGCGAAACCCAAGCGUAUUAAGGUUGCUAACCCUACAGUCGACAUGAAAAUUGAACAUGAUGAGCCGCAAAUCGCAAGAAAUGGUACUAGCAUUACCGUUAAUGGUUUUACUGGUAGUUCUUUGAAGUCAAUCCAGAGACAGAAGGCCUUGCUUACAGUUUUAAAGAAUAGUGGUGGAGUUCGUUUCAUUGGUGAUAAAUUCUAUGACUCGAUAUCAAAAAGCAUGGGGACCGACAUGAUCUUGGAUAAAAAAACUUUGAAGAAAGAGUCAGAGAUCUUGGCGGAGUCUGGAAAACUAAAAAUUGUCGAAGAUCCAAAUACCAGAAGGCGCUUGCUCUGUUUACCUGAAAUUUCGGAUGAAAAGAUAGAGGAGUAUUUAAUAGAUUCAAAAGAUACCAGAGGAAAGUUCAAUACUGAAGUGGUUUGCAAGGAGGAUAUCUAUUUCUUCGAUCAGACUGAAAAAGAUAGGUUCCACAGAUCUGCCAAAGCAGCUAAGCGAAUCAAGGAAUUCGAACGUAAAAAUAAAAAGGGUCAAUCUUCAACAGCUGUUGAUGUAUCUAUAGAACCAGCUUUAGCCCCUAAGAAGCUCAGAAAAAGAACAACUGCUGCCAAAAAGGGUGCUUCCACCAAAGAAGCCAAGCCUUCCUCCAAAUCCAAAUCUAAAAAGACGGAGAUUCCUAGCAACAUUCGUACCACUUUCCAUUCUGGAACCAAGGAGGGCAUCACUGCAUUGGUUUAUGCUGUGGCUAUCACUAAAAGCAUUAAGGGACAAAUAGCUUGGGAUGAAAUAACGAAACUUUUCCCUCAUAAUGCUAUUGAAAAUUUGAAGAAACAGUGGAGGGUUAAAAGAGUUAGAAUGGGAGAAUCUGGGUGGAGAGCCUUAAUGGAAAAAUGGCGUAAAAUAAUGGUGGAAGCCAUCAAGGAUGAAAGAGCAACACUUGCUGAUGCGGAACAGUUGAAUUUAGUGAAGUUGGUCGACCUCUGGCUAAGUGUGGAAAAGGAUUCCACUCACACCGUCAAACUAUACAAAGAAUACUCCGUUAAUCGGGCAAAAUAUACAUUCGUGCCAUUGACUAACAAAAGUAAAACAGAAACUAAGGGAAAAGGUAUUGCAAUGUCUUCAAUGAUUCAACGUGAAUGUUUCCUUUUAAACAAGAAGUAUUCUUACCAAGAGUCAGUCCAACCCAAGAGUAAAUCUGUCGAAGAUGAAAUUAAAACAGUUGUUAGAUCAAUGCUGUUCGACAAAACAUUGGUAGAAGCUGGUGAAGUUGAUAUUUUGCAACAAUUUAACCACGAACAAGUGGAUAAAGUCAUCUUGGACAUGGCUAAAGAAAGACUCGUUACAUUCGUAGAUUCUUCGAAGUUACAGUUGACAGAUAAGAUAUAUGACGUUUUGAAGUAUCUUGGUGACCCAUCUUUCUUGGAAAACUCUUCAGCUUUUAGAAAGACGCUAAUUGAAUUGUUCAACAAUAAAAACACUUUAGUGCUCAGUGAAGAACCUCAACGUCAUAUUCCAUGCGUGUUACUUGACGUGAUUGAUAAUUUCAAUAUCAAGAGCGCAGUGGUUCCGUUGGAAGUGCAGCACAAAAAAAUGUACUACACAACACGACAAUACGAAGUCCGUGCACUUACACCUCCGUUGGUGUUUUAUAGCGUCGAUACAAUUAAAGAGAAGAAGGUGAAGAAAGUAAACAUUCCAGUCAAUAAACCAUUUUCUCGUCUAUGGAUAAACGGAAAUUCUGAAAUACGUCCAUCGGUGUGGAAAUCAGUCAUUAGUAUACUACUAAAGGAGAUACUUUUCAAUCCUGGGAUCACUGAAAGUGUAAUAUCAAAUAGAUACGCCACAUUAUUAUCUUCUGAAGAAGUUUCCGAGGUCGUAAAAUGGUUAUCAAAUACUCAAAGGAUAUCUGCAAUUGAUUAUGGAGGAUAUACAGUAUGCGAUGGUUGGUACUUCGCAUUGGGUUAA